AUGACUAACACCGUCGCUCCGAUACCGCGCCUGAUCUACGGCACCGCCUGGAAGAAGUCCCAGACCGCGCCCCUCGUCGCCUCCGCCCUGUCCGCCGGCUUCCGCGCCCUCGACACCGCCGCAUCCCACCACUACUUUGAAGAAGGAGUCGGCACCGGGCUCCGUGCCUGGCUCGCUCAGAACCCGACACACGGCGUCUCCCGCUCGAGGCUCUACAUCCAGACCAAGUUCUCCCCCUCGCCCUCGGCGCUGCCCAUCCCGGACCAGGUCCACGCCUCCGUCGCCUCGUCCUUCAAAAACCUCUCCGUGCCCGGCAACCUCUUCGCCCGCGAGGAGGCGCCCGCCACGGCUAAGGAUGACGACGACGACGACGCCUUCUACCUCGAUUGCGUCCUCCUCCACGCCCCCUACCCCUCCUACGCCGACACCCUCCUCGCCUGGCGCGCCCUGGAGUCCUACGUCCCGUCCCGCGUCCGCACCCUCGGCAUCUCCAACGUCAGCCUCGACGAGCUGCGCGCCCUCUGCGCCGACGCCGCCGUCAAGCCCGUCGUCGUUCAGAACCGCCUGAACCCCAAGGAGGCCUACAACACCCCCGUCCGCGUCUUCUGCCGCGAGAGGGGCAUCAACUUCCAGUCCUUCUGGACGUUGACGGCGAACCCACCGCUGGUGAGGAGCGAGGCCGUGACCAGGGUUGCCGAGGGCGCCGGCGUGAGCAACGAGGUCGCCAUGUACGCGCUCGUGCUCGGGCUGAGGGGGGUGAGCGUGCUGGACGGGACCACGAACGAGGCCCGCAUGAAGGAGGACCUCGAGGGCGUCGAGAAGGUGGCUGCUUGGGCCGAGGGCGAUGGCGCAGGGGUUUGGGAACGGAGCCUGGCGGCGUUCAAAUCCGUCCUCGGGGACCCGGAGGGGGCCUAA